AUGAAAGGAGUAGCAAAAUUAAGUGGAAUUAUAGGUAUUGGUUUAUUUUUACAUACUAUUUAUUCAGUUCUUCAACAUAGAAAAUAUUUAAGAUUAACAGAUCAACCAUUUGAAGGUGUACCAUUAGAUAUAAUCGUAGAAUGUAUAAUUUCAUUAUUAUUGUUUUCAUGGGGUAUCAUUAAUUCACAAAAUUUAAUUCCAAUUAAAGCAUCAACUCAUUUAGCUAAAAAGAGUUAUGACUCAUUCGAUAACAGACCAAAUUUUACCACAUUUAAUAAUAGAGGAAAAUAUAUAAAUGAAAUAAUUAAAAAUAAUUAA